AUGGAAGAGGGUGCUGUCAAGAUUCGUAAUAAAAUUGUAAGGAGCAAGUCAUUUCCACCAACGCGUCAUCCUCAAAAGGCUUCUUCUGGACAACAUAUCGAUGAAGGAGGAUGCUCUUCCGUUCCAACAAGUCCUCCUCAACAUGAACGAGCAGAUGGUAAUGAGAGUACUGAAAGCAAUGAGAGGGAAAAAAGAUUUGAAUACCUGAGCAUCUAUCUUCCCCUCUAUCGAGCUGGCCUCAAAGGUGAUUGGCAAGCUACUAAAGCCAUACUUGAGAGAUAUCCAGAUGCCGUUCGAGUUCCCAUAAAUCAAGACAAUCAAAAUAUUCUUCACCUGGCAGCUGGCACGAAACGCUCUACUUUUGUGAAGGACCUGCUGAAAUGGGCGACUCCGGAUGAUUUAGAAUUGACAGACAAGAUUGGUAACACAGCCCUUUGCUAUGCUGCUACAUCUGGAACUGUGAGAAUUGCCGAGGAGAUGGUGAAAAUGAACAAUAAACUGCCAUUGAUCCGUGGAGAGAAAGAAGAUCUACCACUUCUCAUGGCAUCUUGGGCGGGAAAUAGAGACAUGGUGUCGUAUCUAUUCUCUGCGACUCCAUUUGACCAGUUGAAUGCUACAGAUCGCAUUUUUCUACUUUGUUAUACCAUUGAGUCUACUUUCUAUGAUAUUGCAUUGGAUAUUCUGAGAAGGGAUCCAACGUUAGCAAUUGGCGCCGAGGGUGAAUUUGGGUUAGCAUUGGGAGAGUUGGCCUUCAAACCUGCUGCAGUACUUGGCAGUAAAAGUCAGAUCUCAACAUGGGAAAGAUGCUUAAACUUGUGGCACGAAGGUCUCUGGAACAAAGCUUUCAAACAGACGUACUUAGCCAAUCAAUUAAUUGAAGGUCUUUGGAACCAUAUUCAAGUAUUGCCAAACAAAGAGUUCUCAAGACUGAUUGACAAAUAUCUCGAUAUAUUUUUUACUGCUGCGGAAUUAGGGAAUGUCGAAUUUCUAACUAUAAUUUUACGCUCUCAUCCUGAUCUCAUAUGGAAGUUUGAUCAAAACAAUAAAAAUUUAUUUCACAUUGCUAUUUUAAAUCGACAAGAGAGCAUAUUCAAUCUAAUAUAUGAGAUGGGUGCUCUAAAGGAUAUGAUUGUACGCAUUCAUGACGUAAAGCGUAACAACAUGCUACACUUAGCUGGACAAGUGGCUCCUCCAAAUAGGCUAAAUAUCGUAUCAGGAGCAGCCCUUCAAAUGCAGCGUGAAUUGCUGUGGUUUAAGGAGAUUGAAAAAAUGAUGCCACCUUCAUACUUGAAUAAAAAGAAUACAAGGGACCAAACCCCACAGGAUAUAUUUACAAAGACACAUAAAGAGUUACGGGAAGAUGGUGAAAAGUGGAUGAAGGACACAUCAAACUAUUGCAUGCUUGUGGCAACAUUGAUUGCUACUGUGGUUUUUGCUGCAGCAUUCACUGUACCUGGUGGAAACCAACAAGAAAAAGGCACUCCUAUCUUUUUGGAAAGUAACUGGUUUAUGGUAUUCUUCAUAUCAGAUGCAAUCGCAUUGUUAUCUUCUUCAAGUGCGAUAUUAAUUUUCUUGUCAAUUCUUACAUCUCGUUACAAGGAAGAGGAUUUCCUCAAAUCAUUACCUGGGAGAUUGGUGUUUGGACUCAUUGCUCUCUUCAUCUCCAUAGUCAGCAUGAUGGUCGCCUUCGGUGCAACUUGCUUCUUGGUCUAUGGGAGCAAAACAACAAGGAUUCCGAUUGUUAUAAUUGCUUCUGCUGGUGUCCCAAUUAUUUUAUUUGUUCGGCUACAUUACGAUCUUUGGUUUGAUAUAAUCUACACAACAUACUGGUCUAGGUAUCUUUUUGGGCCACGUAAACAAGGGCUUUUCUAGCAAAUGGAAGAUGCCAACUCCAACAAUUGAUCUGUAGAAAAGGAAGGCCAAUAUUGAAGGAAUUGAGCAAAAAUCAUGACCUUUCAAUUGUUGUCAAUCAAGCCUUCAAUUUAAUCUUUACUCGGAUUAUUCUCGUUUGUGUGAGAAAUAUAUAAUUUCACAUUGUAUUUUUCUAAUUUGGGUUUUGACUGAAGUCAACGUACCAUUUAAUAAGGAAUUCGAUUUGUGAAGUUAUAUACCAUGCUUUGAUGUGUUCCGCUUGAUGGAUUGCAUUGGGAGAAGCCGAUCCAUAUGUGGACACUACAGGAAAUUCCGGCUUAGGCUUAAACUGAAUU